AUGGCUUCUACCAAAGACUUUGAUGAACGCCAGAAUCUGUUGGCCAAAUUGAAGGCAGCUGAAUAUGGUUACCAACGAUCCAAAGAACAAGUGAUUCACCUCGAUAGAAAAAUCAACGAGAUCGAGAAGCGAUAUACCAAAGCAGUUAAAGACAACAGAAAGUCUUUCCGUUAUGUCCUGCGUCAACGACUGUUGGUUGUGGAACGUCUCCGAUCCUACUAUGACGAAUUCGCUUCUAGAAAAUCGGAUGAAAUACGCAUCAUCUGGCAAAUGUUAUUUGGUAGACUUGCUGCGAAUGGUGAUAUUAUAGAAGAAAUGAGACAGUUAGAGCAAGAAUCACAUUCCGAGGAAGAAGACAAUUCAGAUUCAGAUAAUGAAUGA